AUGAUAUCAACAUUCACAUCCCUGAUUGAACGGUCUUCGAUAAGAACAACGAGUACAGUCGGGCUAUGUAUCGGCGUUGUAUUUGGAACAGCUGCGUCUUUCUUUAGAAACAAUCAUGGUAGAUUCACAAGUGGUUCCACAUCGUCUAUUACGGUAUCUUAUAUGACGGGUUCCGCUGUGUCUUUGAUGGCAAUUCUAAGCAUCCGUAACCUACUAUUGAACGCACCUGCAGCUAGAAGUAGCACUACUACAGCAACGACAAGGUUGACUCCGUUACAGCAUUUAAGGGUACUCAACUAUCAAACACGGUCUAUCUCCUCCUCUAUUUCUACGGAAAAAGUACCACUGUAUGUUCACAAUAGAUAUGCUUGA